AUGGGGUGCCGCAACAGCAAGCUGAACGGCGCGAUUGCCCUGGUCGAUGAGCCCGUGGAGGCGCCCGGGCGCGGGCAGGGGGGCGCCCGCAUGAACGAGGCGUGGCACGGGCCGCCGUACGCCAACCAGGCCGACGGGGGGCGCACGGACGGCGUCGGCAACGCCGGGCAGGCGCCGGGCGCGCCCACACCGACUGGCGCGGAGCUGCGGUGGACGGGGGACGGGGCGAAGACGAGCCAGACGGGGACGCGGCAGGGCGGGAGCGAGUUCGAGAGCGCGCGGGACCACGGGGAGUAUGGGACCGACGGCGCGGUCACGCUCGACGACUUGCCGGGCGGAGCGCCCAUCGGUGGCGGUGAGAGCAUGGGCCACGCUCGGCAGAAUGACGGCGGCGCCGCGGCGGUCCUGGACCGGCUCAGCGAUGCGGGGUCCGCCGCCAGCGUGAGCGGGAAGGAGAAGGCGCGCGGUCAGGGCGGGGGGCCGCGCGGGGCGCGGUCUGGAGAGGCGCGGGGGCAGGGUGGCACGGCGGGCGGCGACGAGGCCGCGGGGGCCUUGGAGCCGAAGAACGACGUGCAGUACUUCGCCGUCGAGUGGCUGCGCUCCAACGGAAUGUCGAAAUACGUCCAGGCGUUCCUCACUUCAGGCUUCGAGGACGAGGACACGCUCGCGGACCUCGACCACGGCGACCUGGACCAAAUCGCGAACUUUGCCGGCAUCACCAUCCCCCCAGGCCACCGCAAGAAGAUCCUCCUCGCGGCCCAGAAGCUCAAGCACGACACCGUCUCGCUCCCCUCCGGCUUCAACGGCCAGGGCAUCGACCUCAGCGCGCCCGGGGGCGGCCCCGCGCGCGUGUCCUCGCAGCAGGCCCACCUCGGGGCCGCUCUCUACGUGUCCUCCGCCCGCGUGGCGCCGGCCGGCGGGGAGUUCUCCGCCGGGGCGCAGCACCCAGAGUGGGCCUCGCGCGCCGCGGCGCUCCGCGCGGCAAACAGCGACGUCUACGGCGGGCCUCGGCGCGUCGCACCGGCAGAGGUGCCGUGCUCCGGCACGCUGCCCGUCCCUCGGCAGGCGUUCGGCCCCGCGGCGGCGGACCCCGCGCAGCAGUGGGCGUUCCCGAUCGGCGCGCCCGGCGACGCGGCGCGCAAGGGCAACCGCGGGCACGCGCGCGUGCAGUCUGCACAGUUGGAAGCACAGAGCUCCGAUUGGAACGUGGCGGGCUCGGCGCGCCCGAGCGACGGAGCGGGGAUCCUGGAAGAGUCGUCGAUGCCGGACCUCGUGGGCAUGGCUGCUUCGAGCGCGAAGAAGAAGGCGCGGAAGGUCCACCGCGCGUGCUCGGCGCUGUCCACCGUGCAGGAGCGUGCUACGGGCAAGCGGCCGCGCGCAACCCUCAACAACGACACCCUCGAGGUGCACGACGUCGAGGAGGACCUCGCCGCGCCGCUUCCGUCCACCGCGGCGGCGCCCUACGCUGGCGGGACCGGGAACACCCCCCCCGGGUCUGCGGGGGGGCGUCUCGCGAUGCGGCCGGACGCGCCGCCGUCGCCGCCGCCCGGGGAGCACGCGCCCAGCAUGGACAUCACGGCGCCGGCCCGCGCGCCGGCACCAACGGCGUCGCCGGGCACUCCCCCGCUCCGCCCCCCUGGCUCCCCGCUGACGGCGUCGGUGACCACCUCGCCCCAGCCCUCCGCGCUGCCCUUGCGCGGCGUGCGCUCCCCCGACGGGAGCGUCGCGGCGCUCCCUGCGUCGAGCGUCAUCCAGGCGGGCGCCGAGAGCGUGCCCGAGCAGGCCCUGACGUCAGGCGCCCCGCACGACCGCAACAGCGUCAGUCUGACAUCCGUCCCCGCGCCCGGCAGCGACGUCCCCGCCGCGAAUGACCCGCGGCCGCUGUCCGCCAACAUUCCAAGCGUCGCGAGGCCCGACGCCAUGGCGCCGCGCAGCGCGCAGGAGCAAGCAUCGGAGCCCACGAUGUCGCGUCCGGGCUCCGUCGGCGCCGCAGGCCCAGCGCACGGCUCGCGGCCGCCGACGGGCGGCGCACACAGCACGGAGCAGUCGCGCGUGGUGCCUCUGUCGGCCGGCGAGUCCACGCGCAAGUCGCUGUCGUCCCUGCCCGAACCCCCCUCCCAGCGGCUGUUAGUGCCCAGCGCUCCGCCCGACGGCCCGCCCGGGCCCGCGGCGUCCGCGUCGAUGAACGUGCGCGCAUCCGCGGGGCCGCUACCGGGCGCUCCGGAGCCGGCGGCGCGCGCUGUCGCGCCCGGAACCUCGCUCACCGGCGCGCGCAGCUUGGGCGCGCACGCGGGCCGCGCCGCGGCGAUUGCGGCCGCACCGACGGAGCCGACGCGGCCGAACAUGAUGAUCGAGCUCGCUCCCGCGUCCCCGUGGAACGGAGCCAAGGAGGCGGGGAGCCAGCCGGCGUCGCGGCCGACGUCGCAGCAGGCUGGUGCGGCGGCGAACGGGCCAACGCGGCUGAGCGUGCGCCCGGCGUCGACGCAGCAGGAGCGCCCGCGGACGAUGUCUGGGCCCGUGCUUGGGGACCCAGCUGCGAAGGUGCGCCUUGCGCCCGGCGACGUCGAAGAUGGCAACAACAACAAUGACGAAAACAACAACAUCGUUUCGGAGAUGUCCGGGGUGGAGUCGGACAUCCAGAGCCGCGUGGAGAACCUCAAGAGGCAGGUCGCGGCGCGGGACGGCCUCGCCGCGCACGGCGCGACGGCGCCUGGCGGGGGGGACUGGUCGGCGCUGUCAGACGCGCUCGAGGUCCUGCGUCUGACCAAGAACCAGAAGGCCGUCGAACCCGUCCGGGCGGGCCUCGCAGCCGUCGAGGACAGCGUGGCCGCGCGCAUCGCGGCCCUGCAGGGCGGCACCGACCGCCCGCGCACCCCAGAGCAUCCGCCGUCCACGCCGCCCAUCCUCACGCCGGCUGCGAGCCAGGAGCGCCCGCGCCCGGACACGGUCGGCGGGGAGCGGCCGUUCCGCGGCCGCGACAGCAUCCUCGGGCACCCCGUCACGCCGACCGGGACGGGCGGACGCGCGCAGCGCCAGGUGGCGCACCGCACAGAGACUGCCACAUCGGGCGACUUGGAGUGCCGGCCGACGUCAGGCGGGUUCGACGUGGUGGACGUGGGCGGGGACUCGGACGAGGAGGAGGGGUCCCGGCGGCGGAACUGGGCUCCCGCAGGCCCGGAGAUUGCCGUCGAGGUGUGUGGGCUGUCGCUGGAGGUGUAG